GAGAGUGUUGGUGAGACUGUGGGACUGAGCUCGGACACGGAACAGUCCGAGACUCGGUGAGAGGACCGGAGGGGACCGAACCGAGCCUCAAGAGGACACGGAAACGGUCUCGGUGCGCGUGCGUGAGAGUAGUUGGACUUUUUUUCCUGUUUCUCUGUGUUGGAGCUCUGAGGACCUCGCGCUGCUUUUCCUCCUCUUCUUCCUCUCGGAGCGGACAUGAAGCGGCACGAGGAGGUCUGAGGAUCCGAGCAGAUUGUCUAACAGGCUCAUCAUGGUUCCUGCGUGGCCCCUCCCCCUGCUGCCCCUCGUCCUCCUGGUCCAAUCAUCUGAUUUUUCUGUCUUGACUGAAAAUACCACAGAAGUCCUCGAGGAGGUGACUCUGGCAGCCAUCUUGCCUCUAACAAACACAGACUAUGCGUGGGCGUGGCCACGUGUUGCUCCUGCACUCGAGUUGGCAGUGCAGCGGGUGAACUCUGACCCCUGGCUGUUGCCGGGCCUGAAGCUCCAGCUGGUCCACGGCACAUCUGAGAACCAUGAGGGGUUCUGCUCAGACUCGAUGGCGCCACUGGUCGCCGUCGACCUCAAACUGGCCCACGACCCCUGGGCCUUCAUCGGGCCAGGCUGCGGCUACUCUUCCUCGCCUGUCGCUCGUUUCACCACCCACUGGGACGUUCCCAUGGUAACAGCCGGAGCCCCAGCCAUCUACUUUGAAUCCUUCUCGGCGGUCACCAAUGUCGGCCCCACCCACAAGAAGCUUGGCGAGCUGAGUCUGAAGAUCCACGACACGUUUGGCUGGUGGCGCCACGUCAUGAUGGUCUACAGCGACAACAAGGACUCCAACGACGACCGCAAUUGUUACUUCGCCGUGGAGGGCAUCUACAGGGCGCUGGAUAACGCCAACGUGAGCAUCAAAGACCGCGCCAUCGAACCCGACUUCAGCUUCAGCCAGCUGGUCCAGGAAGUCCGCGACCACGGCCGAGUGGUGUACCUGUGCUGCUCUCCGGACAUCCUCAGGACUCUGAUGGUCCAGCUCUGGAAGGAGGGGGCGGAGCUGGACCACUAUGUCUUCUUCUACAUCGAUAUAUUCGCAGAGGGCCUACGGGGGCGGGACAAGGUCAGACCGUGGUACAGAGGAGACAAAGACGACUACGCCGCCCGCCAGGCCUUCAGGAGUGUGAAGGUCCUGACCUACCUGGAGCCUCAGAAUCCAGAGUAUCUUCAGUUUGUCGAGACGCUGAAGGACGAUGCAAAGAAGAUGUUUAACUUCAGCAUUUCAGACUCUCUGUAUAACGUGAUCGCUGCUGGUUUCUAUGACGGCGUGAUGAUGUACUCCCAGGCUCUCAAUGAGACUCUGAGCCAGCAGAGACUUGGACCUGGACCUGAGGGAGUGCUGAGGCCCAGGGGAGACUUGGUGACUCGGAGGAUGUGGAACAGAACUUUCCAAGGACUAACAGGCCCCGUGGAGAUGGACGAGUCAGGGGACAGACAGAUCGACUUCGCCGUGUGGGACAUGACAGAUACCAAGUCUGGAGAGUUUCAGGUGGUCUGUGUAUAUAACAGCAGUAUUAAACAGCUGGUCAUGAAGAGUGGGCGGAGCUUCCGGUGGCCGGGUGGCUCUCCACCUGUGGACGUCCCAGAGUGUGGCUUCAAGAAUGACAAACCAGCCUGCCUCGCACGUACAGUGACGAUGCAGCAGAUGGUUUCCACGGUGAUCUGCUUCGUCUUUGUCAUCAUCGUGACGGUGUCGGUCUUCAUCUACAGGAAGCUGAAGCUGGAGAGCGAGCUGGCGGCUCAGCUGUGGAGAGUUUCCUGGGACGACGUCCAGAAUAGGGACCUGGAGAAGGUCCUGAGGAGGACCUGCAGCAGACUCACCAUGUCACUGAAAGGAUCGACCUGUGGCUCCCUGAUGACCAUGGAGGGAAACUUCCAGAUCUACACCAAGACUGGGUACUAUAAGGGAAACCUGGCUGCCAUCAAGUACAUCAACAAGAAACGGAUUGAGCUGACCAGGAACGUUCUGUUUGAGCUCAAACAUAUGAGAGACGUUCAGAAUGAACACCUGACCCGCUUCAUCGGCGCCUGCAUCGACCCGCCAAACAUGUGCAUCAUCACAGAGUACUGUCCAAGAGGCAGCCUUCAGGAUCUGAUGGAGAGUGACGGCAUCACUCUGGACUGGAUGUUCAGAUACUCUCUCAUCAUCGACAUCGUCAAGGGCAUGUUGUUCCUCCACAACAGCGUCAUCGUCUCCCACGGCAACCUGAAGUCGUCGAACUGCGUGGUGGACAGUCGCUUCGUGCUGAAGAUCACCGACUAUGGUCUACAGAGUCUGAGGACCAGCACCUGCCCCGAGGACACCCACGCCUACUACGCCCGUAAACUGUGGACGUCACCAGAGCUGCUGAGGAAGGCGUGUCCUCCUCCACGUGGGACUCAGAAAGGAGAUGUUUACAGCUUCGGGAUCAUCCUACAGGAGGUCGCUCUGCUGAGAGGAGUCUUCUACCUGGACACGCUCACCAUGACGCCUAAAGAGAUCGUUGAGGCCUUGUGUCAGGGCGGCGCCCCCCCCUUGCGUCCCUCCCUCUGCCUCCACAGUCACAGCGAGGAGCUGGGCAUCCUGAUGCAGCGCUGCUGGAGCGACGAGCCGAACGAGAGGCCGGACUUCAACACCAUCAAGAUCCUGCUGAGGAAACAGCACAGAGGUUACGGCUCCAACAUCCUGGAUAACCUCCUGUCUCGGAUGGAACAAUACGCCAACAACCUGGAGGAGCUGGUGGAGGAGAGGACGCAGGCGUACCACGAGGAGAAACGCAAGGCUGAGGCCCUGCUCUACCAGAUACUACCGCAUUCAGUAGCAGAGCAGUUGAAGAGAGGUGAGAUGGUUCAGGCUGAAGCGUUUGACUCUGUCACCAUCUACUUCAGUGACAUCGUUGGCUUCACUGCCCUAUCAGCUGAGAGCACACCUCUACAGGUCGUGACUCUGCUGAACGAUCUCUACACCUGUUUCGACGCCAUCAUUGACCACUUUGAUGUUUAUAAGGUGGAGACCAUCGGAGAUGCCUACAUGGUGGUGUCAGGGCUUCCUGUGAGGAACGGGAAGCUUCACGGGCGCGAGAUUGCUCGCAUGUCACUAGCCCUGCUCAACGCCGUCAAGAGCUUCAAGAUCCGACACCGGGCCAAUCAGCAACUGCGGCUCCGCAUCGGCAUACACAGCGGUCCCGUGUGUGCAGGUGUGGUGGGGUUGAAGAUGCCCAGGUACUGUCUGUUUGGAGACACGGUCAACACGGCGUCACGCAUGGAGUCCAACGGAGAGGCUCUGAAGAUCCACGUGUCAGAGACAACCUGUCAGGUUCUUCAGGAGUUCAGCUGCUUCAGGCUGGAGCUCAGAGGAGAGAUCGAGAUGAAGGGGAAGGGGCGGAUGAGGACGUUCUGGCUGCUGGGGGAGGAUGCACCGUGAGGGGGGUAGAGGAGGAUGAUGGAGGGAUCUAUCACUUUUUCUGCCUUGAACACAGGAGACGACCGUCAGAUCUAAACCUGAGGACCAGAUCUAACCCUAACCCACUAAACACACUUUAUAUGAAACUCCACCCCCUUGAUUCUGACUGGAUGUUUAACGCUGACAUCAUUUAAAGGCACAGUUCUUCUUUCCAGCUUUAACCACUGACUGUUGA